AUGUUGUACGAGCUGAUUGCAGUAGUCCGCCCCGGCAGCCUCCACGAGGUCCGCGAUAUCGCCCGGAAUGCCGGCGUCCAGGUCCUGCGCGCCGGCGGCGUAGUCCGCGGCUACACCAACUGGGGCACCUUCACCCUGCCCCGGCCGACCACGAAGCACCAGGCCCGCUACCACGAAGGUCACCACUUCAUCAUGCGCUUCGACUCCUCUGGUGCUGUCCAGCAAGCCGUCCUGCGCACCCUCGGUCUCGAUCCCCGUAUGAUCCGCUUCUCCGUGGUGAAGCUGGGCGACAAGCUGGAGGAGAUCAAGGACGUGGAGGGCAAGGUGGACUGGAACAAAUACCGCCCGCUCACCGACUCCAUCUGA